AUGGCUCAGUAUGACCAACUGGAGGAUAAAGACUCGCUGGAUAUUCAUGAUAACCCUCCAGCACCAGAAAAUGUUGUAAAGGAGGAAGACAAUACUGUGUAUUUUGUGUAUAAUGAAGAGGUUGAGGAAGAAGAAGCUCCUCCUCCUCCCACCCCUGAGCCAGUGGUCCAGGUCAACAAAAGGCUGCACAAAUUCAAGGACCACUACUGCAGGAAACCGAAGUUUUGUGACGUCUGCGCACGAAUGAUUGUUCGUAAGUUCACAUUUCUCAUGAAGCCAGUUGAACAAACUCAGGGUUUCAGAAUGAUGAUGAUGAUGGAAGAGGAGGAAGCUCAACAGCCGAAAGAUGAUGAAGAGGGAGUUGAGGCAGCCACUCUUCUCAGGAAGGCUGGGGACAUUGGACUUGAUAAGCACCUGUUCCUCAUGCAGUUACAAGAAGCACAGAUGAAGGAUCUUACAUCUUUUUGUCAGUUAGUCCUUGAAGCAUGGAAGAACAAGAAGCAGCAACAGACAUUCAGUCAGUCUCAUUAUUAUCUGGCUCUGUAUCGCUUCAGAGCCAUCGGGAAAGAUGACCUAGACUUCCAUCAAGGAGAUCGGAUCACAGUACUGGAUGACUCCAAUGAGGAGUGGUGGAGGGGCAAGGCUGGUGAGAAGACAGGCUACUUGCCUAUGACAUAUAUUAUCAGGGUACGUGCAGGUGAGCAGACGUAUAAAGUGACACGCUCCUUUGUGGGAAACAGAAAGAUGGGUCAGAUCACCCUGAAAAAAGAUCAGAUUGUGGUGAAGAAAGGAGAGGAGGUGAAUGGGUAUCUGAAGGUGAGCACUGGAUGA